GGGUCUCGCUCCCCCUGCAGCAGAGCUGCGAGGAGUAGAGGCAGAGAGCAACGUGGGGGCUCAUUCACAACCCCCCGCCCAGAUGUUCUUUAGAGCUGCCUGGAGCUUGGUGCUGAGGAAGCGGGGACUUGGAAUGCGAGGGAUACACAGCCCGGGAGACACCGCCCACAGCAAGGGGAAGAUGACCCCCUACACCAGUUACCACGCCCAGCGCUCCUACCCCAUGCCAGAUGAGCCCUUCUGCACGGAGCUCAGCCCUGAGCAGCAGGCCCUGAAGGAGAAGGAGAAGGGCAGCUGGACCCAGCUGAGCCCUGACGAGAAGGUGGCCUUGUACAGGAUCCAGUUCCAUGAGACCUUCGCAGAGAUGAAUCGUCGCUCCAACGAGUGGAAGACCGUGAUGGGUUGUGUCUUCUUCUUCUGUGGAUUUACAGCUCUGCUGAUUUGGUGGCAGCGAGUCUAUGUGUUCCCUGAGAAGCCCAUCACCUUGACGGAUGAGCGGAAGGCCCAGCAGCUCCAGCGCAUCCUGGAUAUGAAGGGCAACCCUGUGCAAGGCCUGGCCUCCCGGUGGGACUAUGAGAAGAAGGAGUGGAAGAAGUGA